AUGGAGCAAGACUCGCAAUAUCCGGGACCUCAGCAACAACAACAGAAUAUUCAGCCAAGACAACAAGUUCCCUACCCUACAAAUAAUACUACUCCUUAUCGAGGCAAUGGCGAUGGCGACGGCUACAGCUAUGGAACUGGUAGCAUGAUUGGGACCGGAAAUCGUGGAGGUAGUCUCAGCGGUGGUACUCAUCAGACACUGUUACCUCCAUACAGAGAUACCACACCUUCAUCACCAAUCAGGUCGUCGUUCAACUCAUAUGGCAAUAAUAGCAACAUUCGACGUUAUUCGGGCUCGCCAAGUCAAAUGAGUUCUGCCUCUAAUGCAGAGCAAGAGAGGAAAAGAAUUACCGACAAGAUCAUUGAGGACUGUUACCUGAAGAGUACUGUUGUCAAUGGCCAAAAAGUUCAUGAAAUAGCCUAUAUUGCACAUAUUGGAGUUGUCGAGUACACAAAGUCGUCAGCAGCUCCACCUCACUCGGAUGCAGAACGCGCAUCUUAUAAAAAGCGUAUAUUGGUUCUUUGCAAAAAACAGUCCGGCCGUGUCAUGUUGCAGAAGGGAAGAUUUCUGGAUGAAAGAAGUUUAUUUCAAAUAGGAAGAGAUUGGGAUAUCUCGGAAUUGAAAUCAAUUCGCAAAGUUGGUUCCGAUGGUAUGACCUUACAAUUGAACAAGGACUACUAUUGGAAAUCCGACGAAGAAGACUCGAGAAUUUGGAAAUUUUGUCGAUAUGUAUGUCAGGAGUUUGGCCACUCAAUGGGUAGAUACCCUGCCUUACAUGGCUUUAGUUUGGAUGACUUUAUGCUUCCAAACCCACCUUCAACGUCUUCAACAUCCUCACCUGCUCAAUCAAAUGCUCCACGUUUUGCCCCAAUAUCCCCAUCAGCCAACAAAGCAAUUGGGGGUGGAAAUGCAGGAGGUCAGCCAUUAAGACAAACACAAACACAAACGUCCUCCCAACAGCAAGAACCAAAGUCGAAAUCGUUGAAGCAGAAAAUAUUACACAAACCUUCCUUGUUUUCUUCAGAUAAGACUCUGAAACAUUCCUCGUCUUCACCCAAGAGCCCUUCCAAUGCGACAUUUACACCAUCAUCACCAAAACACAAAAAGACAUUGAGUGGAGGUUUGUAUAAAAAUAUUGAUUGGACACUGCAAGGCCAAUUACCCCAAAAGCCGAUGAAGGUUUUAGAGCGUGACAGAUCGGCAAAUGCAUCGACAAAUACACUCGAACCAACGCCGGUGUUGAAUGAACCAAUAAAUACCAUUACCAGUAACGCAUCUUUGAAACAAGCAGUCUCCCUGUCGCAAAAUCUGCUCCCAAACUCACGGUCUGAGCCUACCUCUACUUCAAAUCAUCAGCCACAACUGCAGCCUCGAUCUACUAUAGAUGAGAACUCACGAUUCCAAGACCCAUAUUCAAGAACAACUAAUCAGCAACCUAUGCAGAAACAGCAACAAGAACAACAAUUUAAUCAGCACAACAACAAAAAACCACAACAUCCAUAUUUUCAGAAAACCGUUGAUGAUGCACAGAGUGUUAUGAGUAAUGAUUCUCAAAAUUUUCAUUUUGGUAAUCCAACUUCAGGAGAAAACGUUCGUCAAUCACAAGAGAGACUCAGUGAUUAUGCAAAGACCAAUACCAUGAAACCAAUGGAGACAGUAAGUGAACAGAGACAAAUUUCAGAACCAUUGGAAACCAAGGCUGCGUACAACAACCAACUUUACGACCAACUAUCAAAGGGAAGUCAAUCCAAGAGGUUUGAAAAGCACGGGUCAACUGUUUCGGAAAAGUCAGUUGAAGAAGUAUUGCAAGAGUUUGGUGACUCUAUUCCAUCUCCUAGAAAGCCCAAAAAGAUAGCUGCAUCAGCAAUGACCCCAGAUUUUGGAAUUGAGGAAAUCACUGAUGAGAGUGAUACCGAUCUGAGACCCGGCCAAACAAUAAGCAUCAAAAAGAGGCAAGGACUUAGUAAUCAGCACCAACAAGCGGAAAAGCUCAAUUCUCAAGAGACAUUGUCAUCUCAAAAGGGCGGCCACAGGAAACUGAAUCUGCAAAUCAGCAUUGAUCGUGGCGUCAAAAACAACCUCAACAGCAACAUCAACAGCAACAGCAAUAGCAAUAGCAAUAGUAAUAUGAGCAAUAUCAAUUUAAAUAAAAGAGAAAGCGAUCCAAUGAGAAGCAACCAGAAGUUGAGCCUGCAAGUGAGUCUCAAUUCUGCACAAACUGGCAAUAGGGACUACAGAGACAACAAUGGAUACAAGAGAGAUGGAGAGUUUUCCAAAGGCCACCAAAAGCUGAACCUGCAGCUAAGUGUCGAUAAAUUGAAAGCUGAUAUUGAGCGCGGUAAUAGUAGUAAGAAUGCUUUUAGGAGAGAUACGAAUCAUAAUGAUACAAUAAUCUCCAGCAGGUAUGACGAGACAACUAUCAACAAUAACAAUAACGACGACCACCAGGAGAAGGGAUUGGGAAUAUCCGCACCUAGCUUUAUUGGCGAAUCGACUCAAAUUGAAGCACAAGGAAGUUCGGCGAUGGGUAACCUCACGGAUCUUCUUGAUGACCACAUUGUUGAGUUUGGAAGGAACGAGCAGGAUGAACCAGAUUUAAAUGAAAUAGAACCUACAAGGUCAAGACAGCAACAUCAACAUCAACAACAACAGCAAAAACAAAAACCUCAGCUCGAGAGGGAUGAUCCAAACAGUUACGAUAACGACCCGAAUGCAUUAGAGGAGGACCCAAGAAUCUUUGAAGGAUACAGUAAGGAACCUGCAUUGAAUGUUUCCAAGAAGGCCAAUUCUUCGUUACCUGUUGCUGCUUCUGCUUCAACAACUACUAAAAAUAGUGAGAACGAUUUUAGCAACAGCAAUAAAAGACUGGUUUUAAUUGACACGGCUUUUGAAAAAGAUCCGGAAGUAGAAGAGCUAUUAAAGGAAUUGGGUUGGAAUACCAAAAUGAACACUGAAGUGCUAUUAAAAGGAUUGACAAAGGAAUUGAACAAGGCCAAACGUGAGACUGUUAAACGUCUUGUUAGUGUCGAUUUGACAAAGACAUUGGCUCAGGAUGUUGAGACUGCGUCCGGCGAAAUUGAUAACAUGCUUCGUGUUUUUCAAAGAAUGGAUUAUAAUUUGAAGACAUUAACCAACGAUGUUAAUGCCAUUGACGAGAAAUCUAAAGGAUUGCAAUUGAAGUUUGUUAAUGAGAAAUUGCUUUAUAACGAUCUUCAUGAGAUCUUGUCGAAAGUGAGUAUCAAUACCAGCCACUUGCAAGAAAUUGGUUCAUUUAAAGAAUUUAGCAACCUCAAUAGGAUCGAAGACUUGGAGAAUAAAUUGUCAAGUUUGUACAAUGCCAUCGUGACAAUAAAUGCUGAUGAUCCACAGAAUCACAAGAACGAGAACAACGAUCUUAGCUCAUUGAGGGCAUUAAAAGAGCAUCAAGCACGGUUCAAAACUGUUAAUGAUAGGUUUCUACGCCAUGCAUUUGACUUUAUGUCCAAAAGAAUUGACAGUAUUGGUGCUCGUUUAGUUAAUGAAAUUGAUAAACUUAACCUUGAACUGUUUAUCACCGCUUUGAGCCUGCUUUUAUUUUAUAGCGGAAUUACCUACUAUAUGCGAGAAGUUGGUGCAACUCAUUUCAAUAUGAUCAAGCAACAGUUUAAUGAAAUUUUUGCAAAAGUUUUGGACAAGAUGUUGGUAUACAAGGUUAAUAGUUUGCGUGCUUCACAAAAAUCACAAAAUAAGAGGAGAAGCAACAGCAAUAUUUUUCACAGUAACUUUGACAAUGAUCAAAAGAGUAGUCACAAUACUAAUAACGAUAAGGAUUAUGGUAACGGCAAUGGUAAUGAUAAUGUCAAUGACCAUAGCGUCUUUAAACAGAAUGAGAACCAUUCAGGGCAGAGCACACCUAGGGGCAGCAGGUCGAGAUUGUCGCAAUCACCAGCAUUUCAUCACACAUUUGAUGAUCUUGACGACGAUGAUGAUGAAGACGACGACGAUAUUAUGCUUUUGAGAAAGUCGAGGUCAACAAGAUUUGGAAGGAGCGGUGGACGUAGUGGCCUUGGAGGAGCUGGGGGAAGCGGUGGAAAUAGUGGUGGUAGAUUUGGCGGGCUACUUAGUGAUGGGGAUUUCGAAUCCAAAAAACAAGAACGCCUUGAAAUGAUGAAGCAACAAGCUAUGGCAAGUUACCCAAAAAGCUCUAACGAUUUGGAUGACUCAAAGGCAGUUGUAACGUUCAUUGACGAAACAAGGUCAGUGAUUAUGUUUUUGCAAUUUUUUAUUAUUGAGUUUUUCCAUUAUGACGUAACAACCUUUGACUUCAAUGAGUUUGUGCAAACAAAUGCAUUUUCUCAACGUCAAAAGAUGAUAAGGACGGCACUGACCAAGAAUUUUGUUGAAUUGAUUAAUGGGGAAAAUGGAAACAUGUCCAUAUCAACGGAUGUGAUGAAUAACUUGAACGCAAUGUUGGCUAAAUACAUCGAUAGAUUCUGCAGAUUGGUGAGUCCAACCGAUAUUAAUAAGCCUGUUAUAAUUUGGCAAAUUGAGCAAAUGAUCAACUCAGUUCAAGAAACUUACAUUAAUCAGGAAUUUUUGAUAUACAAUUUCAUGAAAAAAUUGAGUGAUCAAUAUCUGUCGCUGUGGAAGCGUUAUGUUGAUGGCCUUGUCGAGUCUAUCAAUGGCUCAGUGAUUGCUGCCAAGGCGGGCGUAUUGCCAUCAAUAAAGAACAUUGGCUAUCUUUUAUUAAUAACCGAGAGCUCGUUGGACAGAGAAGUUAGAGGUAGUGCAACUAGAGCUAUGAUAGACCAGGCUUAUGACAAAAUAUGCGAAGGUUUACUGCAUUUGUUUUCAAGAGAGGAUCCUUUGAUGAAGGGCAAUAUGUUGGAUAGCAAAGAAAGAGAGACUCGCGGAGUAGCUAAAUUGGAGAAUAAUUUCUUUAUCUUGCAACAAGUCAAUGAUCUAAGCACUUCUAAUAAUGCUGCCACAAAACGACUUUUGGACAGUUUGACAAAACUGUUCAAGGAAACAGAGUCGCGCUAUUUUGAUGAGCAAACAUACCAAGGUUUUGGCCCCCUUUUUGAAUUUAUAAAUUCGCACAGGGAGAAUUCUAGAAGCUCCAAGAGCAUGAAGCACGCUAAAAGUCUCUUGUCCAAAUACACUGAGCGCGAUAUUCAGAAUCUACUUGGUCAUAUUCUCAGAAAUUUUGAAAUGCAAUUUAGAGAAUCAUCAGAGCACGCUCCACAGAGUCAAAAAGCAAUCGAUCGUGUUCUUGCAAAGGACCUUGUUGAUCGCUUGUGGUUGGAUUUGGAAACUGUAUUUAUUGACUAUUUCACUCGUUUGGGUAAAGUUUUGAGACAAGAUUAUGAUCGCGAGCUUGAGUAUAAUGUGGGAAGACAAGAUAUUCAUCACAUUUUCAUGUCUAUCAGAGAAAAGUAA